GCCCUAUGGAGCAGGGAGGCUGGCAGCGGUGGCUGCCGGUGCUGGGGGGAAGGGCCCAGUGCCCAGAGCAGUGCCACUGCGUCCGCCCUGAGCAGGUGGAGUGCUCCGGUGCUGGCAUCACCACGGUCCCCAGCUCCAUCCCUGCAAACGCCCUGACCCUCUCUAUCAUCAGCACGCACAUCACCGAGCUGGGCGACGCGUCCUUCGGCAACGCCUCCCUGCUGAUUGGGCUGCGCAUCGAGAAGAACAACCUCUCGCGCAUCAGCCCUGGGGCCUUCCAGCACCUGCCAGACCUGCGCUACCUCAGCCUGGCCAGCAACAAGCUGCAGGAGCUCCCCGUGGAGGUCUUCGAGCCCCUGGGCAAACUGGAGUCUCUGCUUCUCUCCAGCAACCAGAUCCUCCAGGUCGAGCCUUCCCAUUUCGCCCACCUGAGCAACCUCAAGGAGCUGCAGCUGCACGGGAACAACCUGCAGGAGCUGAAGGAGGGGGUGUUCGACGAGCUCACCAGCCUCACCAAACUCAACCUGGCCAGGAACAACAUUGACCGCCUGCCGCCCCGGGCCUUUGAGCGGCUGGUGGCGGGGCUGCCGGAGCUGCAGGAACUGGGGCUGCACCGGAACCAGCUGGAGACACUGUCCCCGGAGCUUUUCGUGCACAAUGGGAACCUGCAGAAGCUCUACCUGUCCAACAACCUCCUCACCACCCUGCCGAGCGGCAUCUUCUUGCCCCUGCAUGCCCUCACCAAGAUCACCCUGUACGUCAACCGCCUGCAGGACAUCUCCCCCGGUGCCUUUGGACCCAUGCCCAACCUGCGGGAGCUGUGGCUCUAUGAGAAUGAGCUUUCCACCCUCCCUGCUGCCGUCUUCAGCAACCUCACCCAGCUGCAGCUCCUGGUCCUCAGCAAGAACCAGCUGCGCUCGGUGGCACCCGGCACUUUCCGGGGCUUGGGGGAGCUGCUGGAGCUGUCGCUGCACUCCAAUGCCCUACGCCGCCUGGAUGCCCGGGCACUGGAGGGGCUGCCCAAGCUGCAGAACUUCUCCCUGCACCACAACCAGCUGCAGACACUGCCACGGGGCCUCUUUGGGGCCACCCCGGGGCUGCGGGACCUGCAGCUGCACUCCAACGCCCUGGAGUACCUGCCCACUGGCAUCUUCUCCCCGCUGGCCACCCUGCGAGAGGUGAAGCUGCACAACAACUCCUGGCGCUGCGACAAGGGCAUCCUGCCCCUGCGGGGCUGGCUGGAGGACAACCUCCACAAGGUGGGCGAGACACCCCCCCUCUGCGCCCAGCCUCCCGCCCUGCGGGGCACCCCUAUCGCUGGGCUGCUGCAGGACCAGCUUCUCACCCCCUGGUCCCCCGCUGCCUCCCCCCAUCCCAGCACCCCACUUCCCAUUCGCCCCUCCGAAGAGGCAUUGCCAGAGAGUGCCUGGACGGAGACCCCCACGGGGCUGGCAGUCUCCCCACAGGAGGAGAAGGAGGUGGAGGAAGAGGAGAGGGGGUGGUGGGGCCUGACACGCAUACAGAGCGGGGUGGUGGUGGCGGUCAUUGUGCUGGUGUGUGUGGCCCU